AUGAGAAAGGCAAGUUCUACUCCUUCCGCGUUUCACCGCACCAGCACCGUCGAGGAAAGCCACCAGCUAACAUCAAUACCACUUAUUCAGACAGAUCAGAAGUCCUUCGCAGCGGGAAAUGAGCUGAGCCAGAUGGGUAUUUUAAAUAAAAACCAAAAACCAACGACAGAUGAUGUGACCAGCGACUCAAAUUACUAUCGCAAUCUUUUAUAUGAUGUCUUUGAAGCGAUACGAUCUGCGAGUCAGGACAGUCAGCAGAGACUACUCCAAAUGAUCCGAAAUCAAUCUUCUAUGCAAACUAUCCGCGCAUAUCUCGACCAAAUCUUAUCAGAUGCGCAAGCAUACGGCGGCAAUGAAGAAGCACCCAGGAAGUCCAAGAAGGCGAGACACAACACCGGAGUUGAGGCGCCGCAAUUUCGACCUCGGAUCAUGGACAUUCGCUAUUUAUGUGGUAGUGCUCCAUACAGAGUCCCUGCAAAACCUUGGACAAGUGUUACCGAUGAUGAUGAUUUAGUGUCGCACUUGAUCUCCCUAUAUAUGACUUGGGACUAUCCGUUCUAUGCAUUCAUUGACCGCGAGACCUUUCUUGUGCAUAUGAGGAAUGGGAACCUGCAUUCAGAUUUUUGCACUCCGUUCCUGGUCAACGCCAUGCUUGCAAAUGCUUGCGACUACUCGCAAUACACCGAAGCUUACACGAUACCGGGAGACGUCAAAACGAAAGGCGCUGAUUUUCUGACCGAAGCAGAGGGCUAUAUGAGACUAUAUUCAUUUGAUAGGGGGAGCGGCACCCGUCUGGCCACCUUGCAAGCCACCUUGCUUUUGUAUGAGAGGUAUUCAAACCUGGGAAAUGAUGAUUUUGGCUAUACGAUGCUUCACCAAGCAACCGAAAUGGCAGAAGAAAUGGGAAUAAUCAACCAUGACAAACUGAAACUGAACAAAUCGCAAAUGUCCGAAGAGAUGAUCAGAUCCCUCGAACGCACUGCCUGGGGGCUUUUCCAAGUUGAUACGAUUGUACAUACAAACUUCCUCAGACCGAGCCGCGUGAAUGAAGUGAGCGUAGAUCGAAUUGAGGCCGUCAAUGGCGACGACGAGACGUGGAUGCCUUACCCAAUUUCAAGCCACACACGACCAUCUUACAUGAGCCUCUAUUUUGAUAGAGCAUGCGAUCUGUCCUAUAUUGCUCGAGAUAUUUCACGGACGUUGCCAACUGAACAGAAAAGAGCAAGUGACGUGAACAUGUCCAAGCAGGAAAAUUACAAAAGGCUUUGCGAGUGGAGAUCAUCGCUCCCUGAAGCUUUCGAUUUAUCAGAGAGCCCAGCACCGCACAUCUUACUCCUCGGAAUGCGUUACCAUGCACUUGUGAUCAAUCUAUGCUGCGACAACUUUGGCUAUUACUCGUCCUUUAGCAACCACCAGAAGCGAACACCUUUAUUUUUCAGUCCAGAGAGUGGACAGAGUGCCAAUCAGAUAGCUCUCUCAUCCGCGCGGGAGAUAUCUGCUCUUACACAAGCCAUGCAAUCGCAAUACGGCAUCCAAUACGGGCACCAGUUUACAAUGUAUGCUGUCAGUGUUGCUCUAUACACCUUGCUCGAUCAACCCGCCUUCGACAUUCUCGACACAGACUUCUUGCAUUUGACAAGGGCCUUUUAUAUCAUUGCGAGACGCUCCCCUGUUGGUAGCAGCCUGUUUCAUUUCUUUAAACUGUCCGUCCAGGCUCAACAAUCUCACAAGCAAGGUGGACAACCAGGAAAGCUGGAACAUUUCCCACAAGAAGUCAAGGAGAUUUUCUCAAAGGAUUAUCGUUCUCAAGCACCCGAGCAGUGGAAUCGGACGUCAAAGUCUAGAGGUGAUGCAUGGUUCUUGGAAAGCAAUCUACGCGAUUUUCCACCACCGGGGCUGAAGGGAAUGAUCAGUGAGUAUGAGAAGCUUAGCGUGGGCAAAGAAGAGCGACCACAUGGUUACCCCAAGGGUGGUGAAUUUUAA